AAAUACUCUAUUGAAGACGACCAGAAGACCAAGACAGGGCAGAAGAAAAAGACCUGCAACUACCAACUACUAAACGAAAAGAACUGAGAAUUUUGUCGCGAUGAAAGCUCGAGUUCUGUCGGGAUUGGUUGGGCCUCUUUGGUGCCUUUUGUUCGUAUGUUAUGUAACUCUGGUGCAUGGACACGUUCGAUUGGACUUCCCCGUGGCUCGAGAUUUGCCUCUGGAUUUUUUGGACAAUCUACGGACGCCUGCACCCUGUGGAAUGCCCAAGGGCGACACCAGAACUUCGUUGGAAGCGGGAACUCGUCUCAAUGUCACGUGGCAUCUGGCUUACCCUCAUCAAGGAGGCUACAAAUUGGAGUUGCUCAACGAAAACGAAGAGUUUCUGCAAAGCUUUACAAGUCCAGAGUCCAAAGAAAGUGACAUCCAAUCGGGUUGGCUUAAUGAUGAUCCAACCGCUCAAAGACACGAGAUUGCCAUUCCAGCGGAUUUGGAAUGCAAGGGAUGUACUAUUCGACUCCUCCGACAAGCCAAGGAAUGGAGUGGUGGGUAUCAGUUUUGGUCAUGUGCAGAUGUGGAUAUUGUGGCCCGCAACUCCAUGGUCAGUCAGGAAGUUUGCGGAAGGUGAAGCUGAAGGUGAAACUGGAGCCUUUGCUGAAAGCGAAGACAGCGCUCAAGGCCCCAGACCACGUAAACUGCAGAAAAGGCACAAAUACACUCCAAGAGGACGAUUGCACCCUAUGGAUUGUUCUGAUGUCGUGAUUGGAAUGGCCAGGGGAUCGGUCAGUAAAGUGUUCGAUGCUUAUACUCGAGACCGCUCAACCCCUCAAGCCGACUCGUUUUACGGCGGUACUGACGAUCUCACUGCAGCUGUGGGAUAUGAGGAAGAUGGUGUGACCACCAUUGCAUUUAGGAAAAAGAUGAUCUCGUUGGAUGAUACCGAUCACAGCUUGAACGAAGCCCUCAACGUGAUCUGGGCUUAUGGUCAAGAGCAAGGCAUGUACUCGCAUGUCCCCAAAUCUGGCCUCGAAAGAGGAAACCCGAGUAUUGAAGAUUUCUACCGAGACGAUGAACUCAAAUAUCACGGCAAGGCCAAUCGCGGGUCUACAACCAUUGACUUUUCAGCUGAAGUUGAGAGGACCACAGAACCCAAGGAUGGAUGCUCUCCUUCCACCUACAAGUUUCCGCCACAGUGCUCAAAUGAAGAGUGCGAAUAUCAAGCAAUUUGGUCACGAGUAUCAAAGGACGAAUUGGAAAUUGAGAUUCGUCACAAAGUCUCUGAAGGUCGAUGGACUGGUAUUGGUUUUUCAGCCAACCCUUUUAUGCCUCGGUCUGACCUUGUUUUGGGAUAUUUGGAUUCCAAUGGAAAGGGAGUGGUCAACGACAUGUGGCUAAGAUCGUACACACCUCCCCUAGUGGAUGAGUCUCAAGAUAUUAGUGAGACAUCAUUUACUCGCGAAAAUGGAAUGAACAUAAUGAAAUUUCGAAAAUCCAUCAAAACCAACGAUGAGAUGGAUAUUGCCUUGGACCAAGAGAUGUUCCUCCUGUAUCCCAUUUCGGGUGGCAACGUUCAAACCGAUGGAGUCAUUUCCAAACACUCCGAGACCCCAAUUCUCUCCAACGACAAGAUCAAAAUUCAAUCCUGUAACUUUGAUGAUGCUGAAAUUGAUCUGGGACUCAGAUCCGGAUCCCUCAACAACGAUGGUGAUAAAGCACAAUCCGUGAACCAACUGACGGUGGAUGGUGACACAAAUGAGAAACCUAGAUCACCUCGGAUGAUUUUCGCCUGUUCAAGCUCUAGCACAGAUAAGAUCUUAGAUGGUUCCGUAUCCUUUGAGACCUGCGACAUAUCUCACGAUGAUUUCGAUGCCAAAACUGGCGAAUUCAGUUGCCAAAAAGAUGGGGUGUACAGCAUCGCGCUCUCCUCAUUGAUGAAGAGUGAACGGAACAACGCCGUGAAUAUCAGCGUUAUGUUGAAGCGAAAUAAUCAAGAAACCAAGAUGUUGACCCGAACUUUGGGAACUCAGAGCCAAGGCCAAGAUCUGGAACUGGACCUCGGCGUAUCCAAUUCCAUCGUAGCUCCCUUGGCCUUGAAAGCCAAUGACGUGUUACGUUUUUCUGUUAAAUCUGAAGGAUCGGGAAGUGGGAUCUUGAACUCGGAUUCCCAGAUUCUCAAGAUUUCAGCUUAUCAAAUGGACGAGGCCAUGGAUGGUCUCAUGUGCAAGUUAAAAGACGAAGGCUCCGAUGCCCUUGUCCUGGAUUCUUGCGCUUGGAAGCACGGAUUUGAGUCUUUGGAGGGACAGUCCAAGAUUACAAUCAACACCCCCGGUUUCUAUAAACUGGCUAUGGGUGGAGAUUUGAUUGUCUCCGGGGGUGACGAAGUCGCUAUUGGACUGGAUGUGUUCGGCUUCAACAUGUUGACAGCCAAAGCUACCAUGAACGUGGAUAGCUUCGAUAUGAAGACCAUCAUUCCUGUCACGGCCAUGGCCUAUGUUCGUCUUCAGCCUUUGGAUCUCUCAGCCACUGUCAAAUCCAACUUGGGUAAAAGCGGUAAACUCUUGGACUCUGGGUUCAUCACCCUAGAACGCGUUCUUGAUGAUGCUGACUUUGUAACAUGUACUAACACGGGACCGGUUGAUGAUAGCAUUGUUAGCUACACUCGUUGCCAAGCUUCCAAUCCUGCCUUUGGAGAGGCCAUGGAUAACGAGAAGGGUCUCUUCCAAGCUCCUGAGGACGGAUAUUAUGAAGUCAGCUUUACCGGUUUGUUGUAUUCUGCGAGUGGAGAUCGUGUGUGGGCCACCCUGUAUAAACUUCAGGAAGAGGACACAGAUAAAAGUGAUCCCAACGUGAGAGGAGCGUCGUUUUUGGGAAUGUUUGCCGAGACUGCCAAUAAAGAGGCUCUCACCACCACGAAUAUUUCCGCUUCAACCACUUUGGUGACGAUCGAAAAGUUGCAAAAGGGCGAGAAAUUGUGCAUUGGUUUGGGACGAUGGGAUCCCAAAAACGAAAUAAUUGGAUCUGACAUGAACACGGUUCAUUUUAAUGUUCGAAAACUAUAAGAUAUAUAUAUUUUCGUGUAUAAGAUUCUUUUUUGGUAAAUAUAGUAUUUGAUAAAUACGCUGGUUUGGUUGAGCAGA